AAGGGGCGGGCGGGAGCGCGCGCUCCCUCACGCACGCGCGCACGGAGGGGGCGACGGCCGCGGUGACGUGCUGCGGUGGCGGCGGGUGGACGGUGGCGCAUGAGGUGCGUGAUAUCCCGCGUCUUGGGAGCAGUGUCCCGGCCCCCAGCCACUCCCCGCCGCCGCCAUGUCGGGCCGUUCGGUCCGGGCCGAGACCCGUAGCCGGGCCAAAGAUGACAUCAAGAAGGUGAUGGCGGCCAUCGAGAAAGUGCGGAAAUGGGAGAAGAAAUGGGUGACUGUAGGUGACACAUCCCUGAGAAUAUUCAAAUGGGUGCCUGUGACUGAUAGCAAGGAGAAAGAAAAAAAAUCGAACAGUUCAGCCUCCCGGGAACCCAAUGGUUUUCCGUCUGAUGCCUCAGCCAAUUCCUCCCUCCUUCUUGAAUUUCAGGAUGAGAACAGCAACCAGAGUUCCAUGUCAGAUGUUUAUCAACUCAAGGUGGACAGCAGCACCAACUCGAGCCCCAGCCCCCAGCAGAGCGAGUCCCUGAGCCCUGCACACACCUCAGACUUCCGCACAGAUGACUCCCAGCCACCCACCCUGGGCCAGGAGAUUCUUGAGGAGCCAUCACUGCCUGCAUCUGAAGUUGCAGAUGAACCUCCUACCCUCACAAAGGAAGAACCAGUUCCAGUAGAGACACAGACCACUGAGGAAGAGGAGGACUCGGGUGCCCCGCCCUUGAAGCGGUUCUGUGUGGACCAGCCUGCAGUGCAGCAGACCACGUCGGAAAGCUAGCACCGUCCCGGCCCUUUGCCUCUGGGCCCCUGCCUCUAUUUAUUGCAUUCUGGUCUGGCCGAGCUCUGCUGCUGGGGUCCGGGCAAGCACUGGGUCCAGAGCCUGUACGUGGGAGCCCUCUGGGCUAGAAGGCUGAAGGAAGGCGUAGGGUCAUCGCAUCAUCUUCCUGUCCCUCACACUUGUGUUUGCUUGCUCUUGAGCAGAGGAGCACUCACAUCCUUUCUGCACCCCAUGUAAGGCCAGAGCAUCAGGGUUCAUUUGUCACCCCCAGAACCACUGCAUGGAGCUGCUGGCAACACCGCCAUGAGGAGAAAUGUGUGGAAGGCACCCUAGAGAACGUGCCUAGGAUUACUUGAACUUCAGUGGAGACUGUAGAUUAUGGACUUUGCCACAGGGCCAGGCCCUGCAGGCUGUUGGAAGGAGGACUAAGUGGUAGAGAUGUGGAGAAGAAUGGGGGAGGCUCUUCCAGGAGGGGAGGUCUCCGCCUGUGGGCAGGAAACCCAUGAGGGAUUGCAUCCUGUCCCUGAGGCAGGCCUGCCUCUGUUGGAUGCCCCAGCUGCUCCUAGCCCUGUGCCUGCUUCCCCACAUUCACUAAGCGAGCACACACACACACAGCACACACACAUAUAUACACACACACACAGCUUCCUGAUUCCUCCUGUCCAUUGCAUUCCAACAUCUGUGCCUCCUGCUGCAGAAAACCCCAGCCAGGAUUGGAGGUUCUGACCGCAGUACCUGCCUCAGCUCAGACUUUCUAGAAAGUUCCCUUUUCUUUGAAAUCUGCAUGUUUAAUUGAACUUUAUGAUUUUAUUUUUUUGUCUGAAGAAAAGAAAAGUUUAAGAAAAAUGGAAAUGGGCAACAGCAAGUGAAGACCUAUUUUAGCACUGAAUAGAGUAUUUUUAAAAUUAAACUAUUUGAAAUAUG